CAGGCCUCAUUGUUCCCGAUUUCCAGCAAUGGCCGCCAUUACCUGACCUGCACAGCGGCCAGUUUCUCUGUGGCACCUCUGAAGUCACCACAGUGACCUCUUUUUUUCCACAGGACAGAUUUCUCAACUGUGGCUCUCAGUUGCUGUCUCCUGCCCUGGAGGCAUGACUCCAAGACAGACCUAACUGCCUCAAGUCUUUGCAGUCAGGAUGCAGCAGGGUCGGCUCCGAGGAGGCAAGAUGUGGCUGCGAGUCCUGCUGAUGUUCCUGCUCUGUGAAAGCCUUGAAGCGCAGGAAAACUCUUUCACUAUCAACAGCAUCCACAUGGUGAUCCUGCCCAAGCAGGAGGUGAAAAACGGGGAGAACCUGACCCUGCAGUGCGUUGUGGACAUCAGCACCACUGCACGCAUCAAGCCUCAGCACUGGCUGCUGUUCUAUAAGGAUGACAUGUUAUUUCACAACGUCUCCACCACGAAGAACACAGAGAGCUUCCCUAUCCUGCAAGCCCGGAUCUACAAUGCAGGGACCUACAAGUGCACCGUGGUUCUGAACAACAAGGAGAAAACCACUUCCCCGUACCAGGUAUUGGUGAGAGGAGUACCCACACCCAGAGUUACGGUGGACAAGAAGGAGGCCGUAGAAGGUGGAAUCGUGACGGUCACUUGUUCUGUUCAAGAGGAAAGGCCUCCAAUACAUUUCAAAAUUGAAAAAGUUGGCGUAUAUACACAAACUGUCAAGCAAAGAAGAGUAAAAAAUUCUCAGAACCAGAACUUUGUGACCAUGGAAUUCCCAGUUGAGGACAAGGACAGUGUUAUAGCCUUUGUCUGUGAAGCUAGCAUUCUCUCUGGGACCCACGUGGAGACCUCAGAAUCCAUCACGAGUGAUAUUGUCACCGUAAGGGAAUCCUUCUCUUUUCCCAAGUUCCACAUCACCCCGAAGGGAAAGAUCACAGAAGGCGAUGAGCUCCACAUUAAGUGCACCAUUCAAGUAGCUCACCCGAGCCAGGAAUACCCGGAGAUCAUAAUCCAGAGGGACAAGGAGAUUGUCGCUCACAACAGAGGAAGCAAUGAAGCCGACUACUCAGUGAUGGCCCUGGUGGAGCACAGUGGCAACUACAAAUGCAAAGUGGAAACAAGCCGAAUUUCCAAAGUCAACAGCAUCGUGGUCUACAUCACAGAGCUGUUCUCUAAGCCCGUGCUGGAAUCUACCUCCUUGAGGCUGGACCGUGGUGAAAGCCUCAACCUGUGGUGCUCAAUCCCAGGGUCACCUCCAGCCGACUUCACCAUCCAAAAGGGAAACCUGACAGUGUCACAGGGCCAGAAUCUUACCAUAGUGGCAUCGGAGGAGGACAGUGGGUCCUACACCUGCACUGCUGGCAUUGGCAGAGUGGUCAAGAAAAGCAACAUGGUCAACAUAACUGUGUGUGAAAUGCUCUCCAAGCCCAGGAUUUUUCACGACCCCAUAUUUGAGGUGAUUAAAGGACAAACCAUCGAAAUCAGUUGCCAGUCCAUCAAUGGAACAACACCAAUUUCUUAUCGCCUUUUAAAAGCAAGUAGCAACUUGGAGCACAAAUACAUGAACUCAAACAGACCUGCAGUAUUCAAAGAUAAGCCAACCAAAGAUGCUGAAUACCAGUGCAUUGCCGACAAUUGCCAUUCCCAUGUGGAGAUGGUCAGUGAAAUUCUGCAGGUCAAGGUGAUAGCCCCGGUGGAUGAGGUCAAGCUCUCUCUCCUGAGUGAAGUGGUAGAGUCUGGGAAGAUCAUUGAGCUCCGAUGUUCCGUGAAUGAAGCAUCUGGUCCCAUCACCUUCAGAUUUUACAGAGAAGGGGAGAGCACACCCUUUUACCAAACCAUCUUGAAUGAUACCACGGCUCUCGGGCUCAUAGAAGAGGCCAGCAAGGAGCAGGAGGGGCAGUACUACUGCAUGGCCUUCAACAGAGCUACCCCUGCUAAAAACGCCCCCCAGAGCAGCAGACUGGCCAUCAGAGUCUUUUUUGCCGCGUGGAAGAAAGGACUUAUUGCGGUGUUUGUCAUUGGAGCAAUAAUUGCCAUACUGAUACUUGGAGCCAGGUGCUAUGUUCUGAAGAAAGGCAAGGCCAAGCAGAUGCCAGUGGAGAUGUGCAGGCCAGGAGCACCACUUCUGAACUCCAACAAUGAGAAGGCAUCAGAUUCUAAUCCUGAAGCCACCAAACAUUACGGUUACAGUGACGAUGCUGGAAACCAUGAUCUGAAACCAGUAAAUGACAAUAAAGCAGAGCCCCUGACCCAGGACGUGGAGUACACAGAACUGGAGAUCAUCUCCCCAGAGCCUCAGCGAGAUCUGGAACCCAAGGGUGUGGAGACAGUCUACAGUGAAAUCCGGAAACCUGACCCUGGCUUUGUGGAAAACAGAUAUUCUAGAACGGAAGGCUCCCUUGAUGGCACUUAGAAACCUGAGGACUGGUGCUCAUCCCCGGAAGGCCGGCUCCAUCCCGAGAGAAGCAGAUGACCCAUCCCCGUAUUCCAAGAGCUCUGUGUACUUAUUUAUGACCCUGGCCUGCUCCCACUGAACACAGCAGUGGCCAAGGCCGGGUCUCCAGUUUCUAGAUGCAUCCUACUGCAUUUCAACUGGCAGGAAAGGAGACGCUGAGUGCGCUGGCUAACGUCCCACAUGACCCGUCUGUCACAGAGUGGGAGCUUCCUCAAAAGCUGGGUGCAGCACCAGGGGCUCAGGGUAGAUUUUGAAACUUGAAUGUUGUGUCAUGCACAGAGUCAUAGAACUUUUCCAAGCACCCUUGCACUCUGCAAGCCAUUCUCGUUGGGUAGUCAGCCUCUUCUAGAAUGCCCUGAGUUAGGGCUAGUUUUCUCUGUGCCUCCAGUCCUUCAAAGGCCUCUGACUCUAGGUAACCCUUGUUCUUUGGAACAAAGUCAACACGAUACUAACAGCCAACUGCCUCCCCUGUGGCCUCACCCUCCACAGCUGUGAACAACAUCGUCUGAGAUGCCAGCAUAACUAAAGACAAGCUCUGUCCCAUGUUGGGCAAAUGCACAAAACUACAAUGAAGUUGGAUAAAGUACAGAUGUUCUUCAGCUGUUUUCUAUGCCCCUUUCUUUCUUUCUUUUUUCUCUUUCUUUCUUUUCCUUUACCAUGCUGAAGGCUGAAAGCCAAGAAGAUGGUCACCUACAGCAAAUACUUUUAGUAGUAAAAUGAAACAUUUUUCUUACUAAUUUUUUUAAUUUAUUCCUUGCUAAAGAAAUGGUCUCCUGAGGUCUGAGGAUGUUUCUGAUGGUAGCCUGAGUGGGUAGGUGAGAGGCUGCAGCAGUGGCUGUGGAAUUGCACUAGUGAGCACAGCUCACUAGAACUGCUCCCCUGGCCACCUCAGGGACACAGCUCGAGGGUCCUGCGGGGUGUUGUACUAAAUAAAUGUGGUCUUUACUCUUCA